AUGUCUAAAGAAAGACCGAAUUUAUCCCACCAAACGAGGAACCAAUUAGGAACAUCGUUUUUGAGGACAUCAGGGAGAACACGGAUGAGCCAAGAGUGGUUCUUGAUUGGAUUCUGCAAAAAGAGCACAAUGACUUUUUUGCCUUUCCAAGAUAGAUCAUUUCCAACGGUUGAGAUGAAAAUCCAGAAUCAUCCAUCCAUUUUCCUCUCCCUUUCAGUCUCCCUCUCCCUCAUUCUCACUCUCACUCUGUCUCUAUAUAUACGCGUCACAGCAGAAGAGCUGGAGCAAGAAGAAGAAAGGAUUGCUUCUCUGAUCCAAAAAUGUCCAAACAUGCGAAUUCUCCACCAAAUCCACGCCCAUCUCCUCACCCACCCCCUACCCAUCUCCACCAUUUCCUUCGCUUUCAGCAAAAUCGUCGGCUUUUCGGCUCUCUCUCCUCACGGCGACAUCAACUACGCCCGAAAGCUCUUCUCUCAAAUCCCAUCACCUAACAUCUUCUCUUGGAAUUCCCUCAUUAGAGCUUAUUCCCACACUCAAUACCCGUCAACAUCACAACCCAUUUGUCUCUUCAAAAAACUGAUCAAGAGAGGCUUCCCAAAACCCAAUACUUUCACUCUAGCCUUCGUUCUCAAGGCCUGUUAUGUUGUGUCGUCCUUUGAAGAAGGCCAGCAGGUUCAUUCUCGCAUCGUGCGAUCUGGGUUUGGUUCUAGUCCCUUUGUUGAGACAGCAUUGAUUAAUUUUUAUACAAAAUGUGAACACAUUGUGUUGGCCAAGAAGGUGUUUGAUGAAAUUCCUGAGAGAAAUUUAUUUGCUUGGAAUACUAUGAUUUGUGGGUAUUCAAAAAUUAAGAUGGUUAAUGAGGCUUUUGGUUUGUUUCGGGAAAUGCAAAAGGUGGGUAUAGCUCCGGAUGAGGUGACUAUGGUUAGUGUGAUUUCGGCUUGUGCUGCAUCAGGGGCAUUGGAUGUUGGUAGAUGGAUUCAUGCCUAUAUUGAUAAGCAUUUGAUUGAUACUGAUCUUGAACUUAGUACUUCUCUUGUUAAUAUGUACGCAAAGUGCGGUUCUAUAGAAAAAGCUAUAGAAGUUUUUGAUAAAAUGCCUAUCAAGGAUACAAAGGCUUGGAGCUCGAUGAUUGUUGGAAUGGCAAUUCAUGGGCUAGCAGAAGAUGCAAUGGAGGCCUUUUCUAGGAUGGAAGAAACCAAGGUGAAGCCUAAUCAUGUAACAUUCAUUGGUGUCCUAUUGGCCUGUGCUCAUAGUGGGAGAGUUUUGGAGGGCAAGAAAUACUGGUCAAGCAUGCUGGAGUCCGGGGUUGUACCAUCAAUGGAGCACUAUGGUUGCAUGGUUGAUCUACUUUGCAGAGCUAACCUUGUUGAAGAGGCUUGCACAUUUGUCGAAACCAUGCCUAUUUCCCCAGAUGUGGUAAUUUGGCGCACAUUACUUGUUGCUUGCAAGAAAAAUAGAAAUAUGGAGAAAGGUGAAAUUGCCGGUAGUAGGCUUCUUGAACUAGAACCUCUCAAUGCAGAGAACUAUGUACUUCUUUCCAAUUUGUAUGCAUCAGGUUCAGAAUGGGCAAAAAUGAGCCAUGUGAGGAAAUUGAUGAAGGAUAAAGGAAUCAAGGCUGUUCCGGGGUGCAGCUCCAUUGAAAUUGAUGGUUUCAUGCAUGAGUUUGUGAUGGGUGAUUGCUCUCAUCCAGAGGCAAAGGAGAUAAGGGAGGUCCUGAAGGAUAUAUCUGAAAGGGUAUGUGGUGAUGGGUAUGAACCUUGGACUUUAGAUGUAUUGCACAAUGUGGAAGAUGAAGAGAAAGAAAGUGCUCUUUGUGAGCAUACCUGGCCAUUGCUUAUGGGUUAUUGAAGACAGAAGCACCCACAGUAAUUAGGGUAGUCAAGAAUCUUAGAGUUAGUGUGGUGGACUGCCAUGAAGUAACAAAGAUCA